CAAACCUUCCAUUACUUAAACCCCUUCCCCAAACGUCUCCUCGCUUCCCUUGUCUGUCUGUUAUAACUAAACGGGAACCCAACGGAACGUCGCUUCUCAUCUCUCUGUCCUCUCUCUACUUCCGUGACGCCGUUAACGGCUUCCCGUUCCUCCGGCGACAGAAAACGCCAUGGGUUCAAGAUCAAUCCCCAUCUCCGGCGACCUCCCGAUCAGAAAGACGAAAAGACGAUCCACCACCCGCCGGAGAACCCAAUGCGCCGCCGGAGACAGAGCUCCGGCGUACUCCUCUGUACCGGAAAAGAUCGAAGCUCUGAAACAGCUCAUACCCGCGAUCAACGGUGACCGGAAAUCCGACCAGCUGUUCCAAGACACGGCGAACUACAUUGUUCUUCUCAGAACCCAGGUCUCCAUUUUACAGAAACUGGUCGGCAUUUACGGGUCGAGCAGUGAUAGUGAUAGUAAUAGUAGUAAUCUCGGGAUUCCACAGAACCAGAAUGGUGAUGUACAGUAAGUUAGAUGUUUUUUAUUCCUCAUCUUGGAUGGAAAUUGGUUUUGAGGAGACAAAAAAAGGAAAGGAAAAAAAGAAAAUUCUCCCUUCUGUUUUUUUAAUUUUUUAAUUAGGUUCUUAAUUGUGUCGUCUUAAGCAAUUCAAGUUGAUGAUGAUUCUAUUAUAUUUCUUCUCUUUGUCUUAUUGAUCAAAGUGCCAAUCAUAAAUACUGCUAGCAUCUUUAUUUGAUCAUUUUUGUUUUCUCAAAUGAUGUGCCAUAGGAUACAUGAAUG